AUGUCCUACUACUUUGCCAUCAUCGGCACCCAAGACAACCCCCUCUUCGAGCACGAGUUCGGCACCUCCAAGCAGGGCGGCGAUGGGCAGUCGCGCUUCUCGGACCAGGCCCGCCACCUGAACCAGUUCAUCCUGCACAGCGCCCUGGACGUCGUCGAGGAGGUGCAGUGGAACAACGGACAGUUGUACCUCAAGGUGAUCGACAAGUUCUUCAACAACUACAUCUCGUGCUUCGUGACGGGCGCCAACGUCAAGUUCCUGCUUCUGCACCAGCCCUUCGGCGGCUCCUCCUCGUCCGGCUCCUCGCGCUCGUCCACCUCCAUCGCCGCGAACCCCACCAGCGCCGCGACCGAGGAGGCCAUCAAGAGCUUCUUCCUCGAGGUCUACGAGAACUGGGUCAAGGCCGUCAUGAACCCCUUCUACAAGGUCAACAUGGAGGUCAAGAGCCCUAUAUUCAGGCAGCGGGUCUUUGCCGCUGGGAGGAAGUACUUGUAG